AGCGCCAUGCUGGGCUUGCGCGGCGCCGGCAUCGCGCGGGGGUUUCUGGCCGGGGCGCAGGCAUGGCUGCGGGGCUCGUGCAGCCGCCCCUUAGCCCUGGCGCGCGCGGUAGGCGCGCCCCGCGCUGGGGACGGGCAGCGGGCGUCCCGGCCCGGGGCUCCUGGGCGCCGGCUCAGUCUGUCGGCCGCGGCUGUUGUAAACUCGGCGCCCCGUCCUUUGCAGCCUUACCUGCGCCUCAUGCGUUUGGACAAGCCCAUCGGCACCUGGCUGCUGUAUCUGCCGUGCACCUGGAGCAUCAGUCUGGCAGCAGAGCCAGGUUGUUUUCCAGACUGGUACCUGUUAUCGCUCUUCGGCACUGGAGCUGUUCUCAUGCGUGGAGCAGGCUGUACUAUUAAUGACAUGUGGGACCAGGACUAUGACAAGAAGGUUACAAGAACAGCAAAUCGUCCAAUUGCCGCCGGAGACAUUUCAACUUUUCAGUCCUUUGUUUUCCUCGGGGGUCAGCUGACCUUGGCACUGGGUGUUCUUCUGUGUCUAAAUUACUACAGUAUAGCCCUGGGAGCAGCGUCCUUACUUCUUGUCAUCACUUACCCACUAAUGAAAAGAAUUACAUACUGGCCUCAAUUAGCCUUGGGGCUGACUUUUAACUGGGGAGCCUUACUUGGAUGGUCCGCUGUCCAGGGCUCCUGUGACCCGUCUGUCUGCCUGCCUCUGUAUUUCUCCGGAGUUAUGUGGACCUUAAUAUAUGACACGAUUUAUGCCCAUCAGGACAAACGUGACGACGCUCUACUCGGUCUGAAGUCCACAGCACUGCGCUUCCGUGAGAACACCAAGCAGUGGCUCAGUGGCUUCGGAGUCGCCAUGCUGGGGGCUCUGAGCCUGGCAGGUGUGAGCUGUGAUCAGACUGCCCCCUACUACGCUGCUCUGGUUGCCGUAGGAGCCCAUCUGGCCCACCAGAUUUACACCCUAGACAUCCACAGACCUGAGGAUUGUUGGGACAAAUUUACCUCCAACCGAACAGUAGGACUCAUCAUUUUUGUAGGGAUCGUUCUUGGGAAUCUGUGCAAAGACAAGACAGAGGAUACAAAGAAAAAUACAGACAGUAGAGUAGCAAACUAGCUGCUGCAGCCUUUCAAGACAUUGUAAAAACAAAUUUUUUUUUUAUACAAAACACUCAGGUCUUGCUACCCCCCACUGAGGUUUGACUCAGCACUUUGUUAGAUCUGCUGAGGAAUCAAGAACCAGAAAAUGAAGAGUUAGAGCUGGGCCGCCUCGAUGUGAAUUCAGUUAUGCGGUAGCGGUUUCCACCCGUGUCACAGAAGCCAGGGACUCUGCAGGGUUUCAGGUGACCCUGGGUAUUUAAGUCGACGUUUUCUGCUCUCCAUUAUGAUUCUCAGCUGAAGUUCUGGGAUAUGAGUUUUGGCACUUUAGGAAAAAAUAGAUGUGUACCUCAUCUAAAUGAAUGUAGGAAAAAUGGACUCUUUUUUUUUUUUUUUUAAGGGAAUAAUAAAAGCUGCU